UGUAGCUACGAGGGAUACGCAAAGUAAGUGGAGUGACAGAUUUAGUUUUAAUUUACUUUUCCAUUUCACGCUGUCUCUGUAAUGCGAAGCAACUUUCUCUCGAUGAGUGAAGUCUGAUCCAUCCGUUCCACUCGCUCUCGGUCCGUUUCGGGAAGACAUUUUGGGUAAUAUUUACUCGGAAUCUCCCGACACCAUUCGUAGUAAUGUCGGAAGUAUUUGAAUUUUUGACAGAAAUUAGAGAGCACAUGAGUUGAAGAAGGCUUUGUUGUUCAUUUUCGUUGUUCUUUUACAUAUUUUAUGAAAUGAAAUGACAGUAUUAAACUAUUUUAUUGAAACGAUAUUUUAAAUAUCUACCUUAUUUGUUUUGGACGAUAUACCUACUCUAAUAAAUCAUGGCAAUUUCGGUCAUUUUUAGUCAUGCCACUUAUGUCCAGAGAAUUUGAAUUUCUGUUGAUGGCUGUAUUCUAGUUUAACCAAUAUGGAACCAAAAGAACCUUCCCAUAACUCAUCAAACAAACCCUCAGACAACAAGGAGAAAGAAGAAGAACCAGAAAAUUGGGAGGAAUCAAAAUCUCCUUUGCGGAGAAAGCACAAGAAGUCCAAACAUUCUAAGAAAAAGUCAAAGAAGAAAUCAAUCAAAAGAAGACGGCAUAAAAAGGGGAAGAAAACCAAACACCGUUCCAAAGAAGAUGAAAAGGACAAAGCUCACGUCGAUGAUGAUCAUUCAGACUCGGGUGAUCCAGAGAAUGAGGAAGAUUUCUCAGCCAAGGAGAAAAUGUUAGACUUGCCAAUCAAUGAAGAUGGGAUUGUGGCCAAAGAUCAAAUAUCUGGCAAACUGGAGAAGACAAAUGUAAAUGUGAUGCCUGUUGUAAAUAAAUCAUGUGAUGAUAAAAAUAUUCAGAAUGUUGAUGCUGAUAAUGUGAAUGACAUUUAUGAAUCUGAUGAAAUUAGGAAAGAUCUUGAGAUCUUUGAUCCGGGAUUGUACAUAGCUGACUCCAGUAAAAAAAGUGAUUCCCCUCAAGUUUGGAAAAAGCUUCCGGAUUCUUAUGAACAAUAUAUUCCUGACAUGGUUUCAUCAAAAAUUGACCAAUUGCAGACAGGAGAAAAGACAUCAACAAGUGGAUGUUUGAUUUCAAAGGAUAGAAGAUCAAGUUCUGAUAAGUCAAGGUCUAAUAGUAAGACACCCGAGAAAGACUGGACACAAUCACGUCAUAAAAAGUCGAGGAAACAGAAGAUUUCAAAAAGUAGGCAAAUGAAGAAAAGCGGCUCUAUGUCCAGUAGAUCAGAAUCAAAAGAACAGUCUUGGGAAUCCGGAGGAAAAAAUUACAAGGAUAAGAAAUCCGAUCGGAGAGCAUCCAUGGCUGAAGAAAGGCCUGAAAGAUCACGAUCAUCCUCACAUUUUAGUCAUUCUCGGUCACCAGAAAAACGCCUCCAAUUCACGUCCACAGCCCAGUCUUCAAAAAGAUGCAGUCAACCUCGCACUUCUAAUGAGCAAAUGCAUUCUCAGUCACCAAAAAGUCGUAGUCACUCCAGGUCUCCAAGAAGAAAUGAACGAUCCGUGUCUCCUAGAAGGAAUGGGCGAUCCAGGUCUCCAAGAAAAAAUAGACGAUCCACGUCUCGAAGGAGGAAUAGGCGAUCCAGGUCUCCAAAAAGGAAUGGACGAUCCAGGUCUCCAAGAGGAAUUGGACGAUCCAGGUCUCCUAGAAGAAAUAGACCAUCCGUGUCUCCUAGAAGGAAUGGGCGAUCCAGGUCUCCAAGAAAAAAUAGACUAUCCACGUCUCGAAGGAGGAAUAGGCGAUCCAGCUCUCCAAAAAGGAAUGGACGAUCCAGGUCUCCAAGAAGGAAUGGGCGAUCCAGGUCUCCAAGAAGAAAUGGACGAUCCAGGUCUCCAAGAAAGAUUGGACAAUCUAGGUCUCCAGGAAGGAAUGGGCGAUCCAGGUAUUCCCGGUCCUCUUCAAAAAGACGUGGUAGCUUUAGGUCUCCUCACUCGUAUGACAGACGAAGAUCGCGUUCACGUUCAAGAAAACGUAGCAGGUCAAAAUCUUCAGAUGCAGUAGCUGCUUCUAUCCCAGUUAACUUAAGUCACGUAAUGGCAGCAUCAACUAUCACAAUAAGCACCACCACAACAACUGACACGAAACCUAGCAAGAGCAUUGCAGAUUUCACUGCCUUAUGUAAGAAACUUACAGAAAAUGAGAUGAAGCUUGACAAUGAUGGGGCAUACGAAACCAACGAGAACGCAUCGCAGUCUUCACCAGCAUAUCACCCAUUCAGUGUGAAGCCUGCCAAGGACAUUGUUAUUACUCCUGUUAUUUUACCGAUUCCGAAGAAAAUCGAGCCGACGCGUCCUCUUGAGCAGGCGUUUCCUGUGUCAAGUGGCAACCAACACAAAACGAAAGAAAACACGAGCAAAACACACGUGGAAGGUGUAGACGGUAGCAUCGCUGCUACGGAGCAAGUUUUUCAAACUGCCACCAUUCAGGAGAAACUUGAUGUAAGCGGUUUGAUUGCGAAGCGGAUGGAAGCGCAGAAUAGGCUUCAGUCAAAUCCUCAGGAUUUCGAAGCGCGACUCGUGUUGGAAGAAGUUCAAAUGAAAAUGCAGAGUUGGGCAUCGGUGAACUUGAAGCCAGGACAGUUUACAGGAGAGACAUUGGUCAACUCGUCGAAAGAAAAUAUAAACAGCGGCUAUCAAGCUUGGGCAAAAAAGGACAUGUUUCAAAAUUUGAACCCAAUCCGCGGUGGUGUCGGUAUGAGAUUGCUGCAAAAAAUGGGCUGGAAACCUGGUCAGGUGAUCGGCAAGAGGGGCGAAGGAAGCUACGAACCUAUCGCCUUGGACGUAAAGACUGACCGGAAAGGCUUGGUCUCCUCUACCGAGGCGGGUCCUCCCGGUAAAGGCGCCGGCAAGGGUGGGGGUAAGAACGUCCGUGCUGCACAGGCCGUGCAAGGCAAACACCCGGUAUCCGCACUCGCCGAGUUGUGUACGAAGAGGAGAUGGAAGAUGCCAACGUACAACGUCGUUCACGAAAGCGGGCCCGCGCACAAGAAAGAUUUCCUAUUUCAAGUUGUCAUCAACGGGAUAAGUUACCAACACAAUAUCGCGAGCAACAACAAGAAACUCGCGAAAGCCGAGGCUGCAUUCGUCGCAUUGAAGGCGCUCGGAAUCGUUCCCGACGAUGCAGCUAUGUGCUUGUGAUAGCUAGCUGGUUGUAAUGAUACAGGUACAUAGCCUAAAAAUUAUUUAGCGAGUGCAUGUCAAUCUCAAUUUGCAUUACCAGGCGAGCAAGGUCAUUGACGCAUUGUUAGAAUAGAUUUGGGGUCGGUUAUGUGAAAAAAUUAGUUGGAGUGGUUAAGGUGGAAAGAUCGAAUCAUCGUGUAUUCUGCCAUUAGCUACGUUCGUAUAGAAAUACUUUUAUUGGUGAAGAAAUUUCUUUCAAAUUAACCAUAAUUUAUCUGUAGAAUCUGUUUUUUGCCAGCGGCAGCGACCACCCUUUCCAGCUUUGCAAACUACGAUCAGUUACGUAAACAGCCCGCAAACUUUUUUCCUACCGUACAGAUUUUUUUGUGUGUUCAAUCAUCGCAAAAACAGUCGAUUUGUAAAGAAAUGUUCUGAAAUUUAUAUAACGACUGUAGGAAUAGACUAUUAGACCACUAAAAGUGAAAGUUCGUGUGAUUGUCAACCUUAUAAUUGUCGUUCAUCUGUGAACGACGCAAAAGGCAACUUUUGUAACGAACAAAAUGCUAGAAAUGUUACGUAAUAAAUUAUGGUUAGGUUAAUCGAUACCGUCGCUCGUUAUGCAUAGCCACUGUGCAUAACCCACAUCGGUGUCGCUAAUCACUGCCAAUGACCAGUGGUCGUAAAUUAGUGUCGCGAUUAAAUUCGUUCCAGGCUUUUGGCCGCUAAGAUCGCGAGGCGAGUUCUUUGCUGACGAAGAAAAAUUGCGCGAAUUCAAUCAUUUUAAGUUAAAACCUUUGCCUUUUUUUUAAUGAAUGAGCCACGUGUAGCUAGUGCUCGUUAAGAGAAUACAAGUGUGAAAUAUGCGAUAGUCAAGAACGAAAGCGCUAACUCUGCCCUUCCUGCCCCCACAAUAGUUGUGCCGUAUUAAAUGAAUUUUGGGAAAACUGACCUUAGAAUACAGCGCUUGAAUUUCAGUCGCUUUUUGUGCACUGUUGUCCCCUCCCCUCCUGAAUUUGUGUUUAUAGCUUGUACCUCGUCUCCAGCCGCUAAUUGAGGCUAUGCCGCUGCCUAUUGCUUAAAUUAAGACAGGCAGCCGUUGGUUACAGGACAAAUUACAUUACAAGCAAUGUUUUCAUCGGGGAUAAACCCCAACAAUGAAAAACGUAGUCUGGAAAUAUUAUUAAAGGGUGGGCUUGCUCACAUUGCUAGUGCCUCAAUGCAACAAAAGCAUUAGAAGUGGUGGGUGGUCUGUAAUUAUGGCAAAACACAGGUUCUACUGUUCUAUUGCAAUGACAAUUUUUAAGUAAAGUUGAUUUUUAAACAAUUUUUCAAUAAAAAUGUUUAAGAGCAACAGGGGUGGCGCCAGGAAUUUCCCGACUGAGGGGCUAAGGUCCUCGACGGGGGGCUUACUUACUAGGCUGAUAUGACAAUGCGCUUUCUAUGCAAAUCUUUUAUUUAGAAAAAAAUUUUCAAAAAUUAUUAUAAAUAUUCGCUUUAACUAAAUCGUGGAAACAUAUAGUUUGUUUUGGAAAUAAAAAUUUACAUCUACAUGAAAAUUAACACUACGUAUUCGACUAGUUGUGAGAGCCGCAACUAGAACGCUAAUUUGGAAGAUUCUUUUCAUAUAUUCGGUUGUGCCCAAUUGAUUUAAAAAAAAAAUUUAAAAGAAGUCAGUCGAGCACAAAUGAAUAUAUGACUAUCCCCACCAAUCAUCGUUCUACUAACAGCCCUGCUAGUCGUGCAUGCAAUCCAGGGAUAUACAUAUGAUUGGCUAUAACAAAGCUAUACAGUAAGUAAAAAGAAUGCCCUGGGUUUUCUAGUAAUGUUGGAUUGUAAUAAUCAAAUAAUAAUUAUCUCCGUCAAAGCUUUAUAAACAUAUUGAUCAACUUCUUUAACCUAAAAUCAAAGUGAGACGAGGAUAUUAGAUAUACUGUUAUUAUUUUUUUUUAUUUAUUUAAAUCUUAUGUUUUGGCACUUUAUCCCAAUGUUACCCUGUUAAAUUUUUUUGCUGGUGAGCAGUUUUUUUUGACUGCAUGUAGGUAAUGAAUCAGCGGUGUACUAGGAAAUAAUUCAUAAACAUAAGAGGCAAUAUUAGUAAUGCACGUGUAUGAUAUAACUUCUGUGAAUCAUUCGAUUUGAUUUUUUGAUGUUCAGAGAACAAUUCUACACUUGGGAAACUUAUCAUUGAACUUGUUCACUACGGUAACCAAAUCCAGUUUGCUCCCUCGACCACAAUGAAUUCCUAACAACAUUAGUUGACCAGACGCUUGAUGGUGAUUUAUCAAUGGCAAUGGCCCCAAUACAUGUAAAACUGUCAGAAUCUGAUGCUCAUUGCUGAUUUGAAACUCAAACAGCAGAGUUUUUUAGUUUUUUUACAAAAAAAUUCCUUUCAAAAUUCGAAAGUCAAGUUGCAAAAAACAACCGACAGAAAACUAGUAGCGGGCAAGCGUCGUGGCGAUGCAUAUGCAGCUUAUCUUAUGUUGCAUUUGCAUAUCUGCUGUCUAAUGAAAAUUCAAAAAUAUAUAUUUCAGAAUAACUUUAUUAUUUUUUUAAAUUUGAUGUCGGAUAGCUGGCGUGUAUGAAGAUUAUUGCCGAUGCCGAGUGCUGACAUUACUUUAAACGAACGGCAAUAAUCGACAUUGGAAAUUUUCAAAUUUUCCCAGACCGGGGGGCUAGGAUUCCCCCCUCUGGUGCCACCCCUGAAGAGUGAUUUCACCUUGGGAGGACAAUCAGAAUGGCUUGCAAUUAAACCUGGGUCACUUGCCCGAUGACUUUUUAAAAACAAGCCACAAAUUCAUAUGAAUAGAUACAUGAUUUAAAGAAAUUAGAUUUGAAAGAAAUUGUGUGGCUUUCGCUACCUGAUGAAGAUCACUUAGUCUUUGUUUGGUUGAAUUAUUUGAAUACUCAAAGCUUAAUGUUGUCAGUGUAUCAAUUUGAUCAAAACUAACAAUAUUGUCCA